AUGAUGUUUUCCACUGAUGGUUUUUUAACUGAUCAAUCAUUAAGUAAAAAUUCCGGUCAAACACAUUUGUUUACAUCAUUUCCAGAUUCUGCAGUUGAUCUUGAUGAUGAUGAGAAUGAUCUUUCAUCAGAAAAUAAGUCAAAUACUAAUCAAUUAUAUGGAUAUAAUCCAUCUAAUGAACAACAUUCAUCUCUUCCAUUACCAAUAACAACAAAUAAUAUAAAAAAUGAACAAUUACAUAUAUGGCAAAUUGAAUAUUAUCAAAAAUAUUUUCAAAUUGAUACACAACAAGUACUUGAACGUUUACUUGCUUCAAUAACACCACAACCAAAUAAAUCUUAUUUUAAUUCAACAAUUCGACAUAAUCCUGAUUUAUAUGGACCAUUUUGGGUAUGUAUUACAUUUAUUGUAACUGUAGCUAUUAGUGGAAAUAUUGUUACAUAUUUUCAAUUACCUGAUGCUGAGUUUCAAAUUGAUUUUUCCAAAAUUACUUUAUCAGCAAUUUUUAUCUAUCUUUAUUGGUGGUUAAUGCCAACAUUUAUUUAUUGUUUCUUUCGUUAUUAUCUUAAACGUAAUGACUAUACAUUUCUUGAAUUACUUUGUAUUUAUGGUUAUAGUUUAACAAUAUUUAUUCCAGUUUCUAUUUUAUGGAUCAUACAAAUAACAUGGUUACAAUGGUUAUUAACAAUAAUAGGAUCAUUAAUAAGUGGAAGUGUUUUAAUUGUUACAUUUUGGCCAACAGUUAAUAAUGGACAUCAACGUUUUAAUGCCUUAUCAAUGUUAGUUAUACUUUUCGUACAUUUAUUAAUGGCUAUUUGUAUUAUGUUAGUAUUUUUUCAUAUAUCAGAUAAAAAUAUUAAUAUGAAAAUAGAUACAACUAUGUUAACGACUAUGACAUCAUCAACAAAGAGUAAUGUUUAA